UUUCAGUGUCCUAGCCAUGGGCUCUGUGUGCGAGAGUAAGCGACUUGGGGGUUAUAAAUGUCUCUUCGCAGACUCGGCGCUUCUUUUCCCUGUUCUUUCUGCAAACACUCAUUGCUAUUGGCGCCUCUGCGAAUAGACCCCAGACUUUCUUCAUUUCGGUAUCGCCUUCAGAUCUCAACUCUCGCUAUGCCUCACGGUCACAACUAUCAAGGCGGUCGCCGUGGCGGCGGCUCCUCAUCCGGUCGGGGCGGAGGUCGCCGUGGAGGAGGCGGAGGUGGAGGACGCGGAGGCGGACGCGGAGAGCAGCGUUGGUGGGACCCAGCCUGGAGAGCUGAGCGCUUACGGCAAAAAGCGGCUGAGAUGGAAGUUCUUGAUGAGAACGAAUGGUGGAGUAAGAUGCAGCAGAUGAAAAAUGGAGGAGAACAGGAAAUGAUAAUAAGACGCAAUUAUAGUCGCUCUGACCAGCAAACUCUCGGUGAUAUGGCUUAUCAGCUGGGCCUUCACUUUCAUGCAUACAAUAAAGGGAAAGCUCUUGUGGUUAGCAAAGUCCCAUUGCCAGAUUAUCGAGCAGAUCUCGACGACCGCCAUGGGUCCACCCAGAAAGAGAUUCAAAUGUCUACAGAAACUGAGAGGAGAGUCGGAGGUCUUUUGAAAAAUUCACAAGGGUUGAUCUCCAAUAAUGAUUCUGGUACGACAUCUUCCGUAGGAAACAAAGCAUCAUCAAUUGGUACAAAAGUAACGGAUCCCGUGUCUAAUCUGGGAAAUGAUUCUGCUAAGGAGAAACUCAAUAUUGAACUAAAGCAGAAGCAGGAAAAAAUGAAGGCAAGUCAGAGUGCAAAGGCAAUGCAGUCUUUCAGAGAAAAACUUCCUGCAUUCAAAGUCAGAGCUGAGUUUUUGAAAGCUGUUGCUGAAAAUCAGGUAUUAGUAGUCUCAGGAGAGACAGGAUGUGGUAAGACAACACAACUUCCUCAAUUUAUAUUAGAAGAGGAGAUAUCAUGUAUGCGGGGUGCUCAUUGCAACAUAAUCUGCACACAACCCCGUCGCAUAUCUGCAAUUUCUGUUGCAGCUCGAAUAUCCUGUGAAAGAGGAGAGUCUCUUGGUGAAUCUGUGGGUUAUCAGAUUCGCCUGGAAGCAAAACGCACUGAGCAAACACGUCUGUUAUUCUGCACAACUGGAGUAUUACUUCGUCAGUUGGUUCAGGACCCUAAUUUGACUGGUGUGAGCCAUUUGCUUGUGGACGAAAUUCAUGAACGGGGGAUGAAUGAAGAUUUUCUUUUAAUUAUUUUGCGGGACCUUCUACCACGGCGUCCCGACUUACGCCUUAUUCUGAUGAGUGCUACCAUUAAUGCCAAUCUGUUCUCAGAAUACUUUGGAAAUGCUCCUACCAUGCACAUACCAGGGUUGACCUUUCCUGUAGCAGAGUUUUUUCUAGAAGAUGUGCUGGAGAAAACUCAUUACAAUAUUAAAUCAGAGUUUGACAACUUCCAGGGGAAAUCAAGAAGAACAAGGACAGAAUCAGAAUCUGAGAAAGAUCCUUUAACUGCAGUAUUUGAGGAACUUGAUAUUAAUUCACACUACAGCCAUUAUGGCACAUCUACAAAACUUUCUCUUGAAGCUUGGUCUGCCUCACAGCUUGAUUUGGGUUUGGUGGAGUCAACAAUUGAGUACAUAUGUCGCAAAGAAGGUGACGGAGCAAUUCUUGUAUUCUUGACUGGCUGGGAUGAAAUUUCGAAACUUCUAGACAAAAUUAAAGCAAACAACUUUCUUGGGAACCUUAGCAAGUUUCUAGUCCUUCCCCUGCACGGCUCGAUGCCCACAAUCAAUCAACGUGAAAUUUUUGACCGUUCACCACCUAACAAGCGGAAAAUUGUUCUGGCAACUAAUAUUGCAGAGAGCAGUAUUACCAUUGAUGAUGUUGUGUAUGUUAUAGACUGCGGAAAGGCAAAAGAAACCAGUUACGAUGCUCUCAAUAAGCUUGCUUGCCUUUUACCUUCAUGGAUUUCAAAGGCUUCAGCCCAUCAGAGACGAGGUCGUGCUGGUCGUGUGCAACCUGGAGUUUGCUAUAGACUGUAUCCAGAAGUUAUCCAUGAUGCAAUGCCACAGUAUCAAUUACCUGAAAUUCUUCGAACUCCUUUGCAAGAAUUAUGCCUGCAUAUCAAAAGCUUGCAGCUUGGAGCUGUUGGAUCAUUUUUGGCAAAGGCUCUUCAGCCACCAGAUCCUCUUUCUGUUCAAAAUGCAAUUGAACUUCUUAAAACUAUUGGAGCUUUAGAUGAUAUGGAGGAGCUUACUCCACUUGGUAGCCAUCUUUGCACUCUACCUUUGGACCCAAAUAUUGGAAAAAUGCUUCUAAUUGGUGCUAUUUUUAAAUGCCUAAAUCCUGCUUUGACAAUUGCGGCCGCUCUGGCACAUCGAGACCCUUUUGUCCUGCCGAUAAAUAGGAAAGAGGAGGCUGAUGCUGCAAAAAGAUCGUUUGCUGGUGACUCCUGCAGCGACCACAUUGCACUUCUUAAAGCAUUUGAAGGAUAUAAGGAUGCAAAAUGUAAUGGACGAGAGAGAGCCUUCUGUUGGGAAAACUUUUUAUCCCCAGUAACCUUACAGAUGAUGGAGGAUAUGAGAAACCAGUUUCUGAAUCUUCUAUCAGACAUAGGCUUUGUUGACAAAUCCAAGGGUGCUAGUGCCUACAAUCAAUACAGUCAUGAUUUGGAAAUGGUAUGUGCAAUUCUUUGUGCUGGUCUCUAUCCAAAUGUUGUACAAUGCAAACGAAGAGGGAAACGUACAGCAUUCUACACUAAAGAAGUGGGAAAAGUUGAAAUCCAUCCUGCAUCUGUCAAUGCAGGAGUUCAUCUAUUCCCUCUUCCGUACAUGGUUUACAGUGAAAAGGUGAAAACAUCCGGUAUUUACAUCCGAGACUCAACUAAUAUAUCAGAUUACGCUUUGCUUAUGUUUGGUGGCAAUCUUAUUCCUAGCAAGACUGGAGAGGGUAUUGAGAUGCUUGGUGGUUACCUUCAUUUCUCUUCAUCAAAGAGUGUACUGGAAUUGAUCCGGAAAUUGCGAGGGGAGCUUGAUAGACUUCUAAAUAGGAAGAUAGAGGAACCAAGCUUUGACAUUUCUGUCGAGGGAAAGGGUGUUGUUUCAGCUGUGGUUGAGUUGUUGCAUAGUCAGAAUGUACGGUACUAAAUGUCCCAUUCCUUCAAGAGCUGAUUAUUAGAGAUUCGAUAAGCCUUUAAUCAGGGGAAAAAAAAAGGCUAAAAAUGAUAAAAAGAGAAUUCCUUUUUAUUAUUUGUUAAUCUCUAGAUUAAAAGGAGCGCUUAUGUCCCGGGCUUGGGCUUGGUAUGCUCGGGAAUAAAACUCCAGACCUUGUUGGAGAGGUUUUGUAGAUGUAAUGUUGAAGGCAAUGGUAAUAUUCAAUGUAGACAAAAUUUGAGUCACGGUGUUCUAUUGCUAAUUACAUGUAUAGAUUAUAGACGUUCCUAAAAAGAACUUUGUAUGUAUAGAUUAUAGACCAUUUUCAGGAAAUUUGUACGUAUAGAUUGGAUUCAGCUGGUUUCUGUGGAAGAUA